GCUGCCCCUCUAGAACUUUACGACUUAGCCAACAUGGCCGACACGAUGGAUGUCGAUGUGGAUCCUCCGACUACCGCUGAGCCCAAGGGUAAGACCAAGGAGGACGCCAAGGGCGACAAGAAGCGCUUUGAAGUCAAGAAGUGGAACGCCGUGGCCCUUUGGGCAUGGGACAUUGUCGUCGAGAACUGCGCAAUCUGCAGGAAUCACAUCAUGGAUCUCUGCAUCGAUUGCCAGGCGAACCAGGUCUCCGCCACUUCCGAGGAAUGUAACGCCGCCUGGGGUAUCUGCAACCAUGCAUUCCACUUCCAUUGCAUCUCGCGGUGGCUCAAGACGCGUAACGUAUGCCCCCUGGACAACCGAGAGUGGGAGUUGCAGAAGUAUGGUCGCUAAAUUGUUCACUACUCAGACCAAUGUAUCAGUGUUUUCCCUCUCCUUGCAAUGUAUUAUACGCCGUCGAGCUCGAUGUGUUCCGC